AUGGAAAAUAGCCCAGCUCAACAACAACAGCCUCCACCAAAGAAGCAGCAACACUCUCACAAUAGCAAUGACGACAAUGAUCAUCCUCCACCAUCCUAUGCUGAAGUUGCUGCGGCAGCAGCAUCAUCAAGAGGUAGACCGAUAGGAGGAGGAGGAGGAGGAGGAGGUGAUAAUCGAUCAUCAACGCCGCAUUCGCAUUAUCGUACGAUUGUGAUUGAACAAGAGGAAGUGGCACCCUUAUUAUCAUCCAUGGACAUUGAACGUCAAUUCCCUGUUGCUGCCUUGUUUUUCAUUUUUGGCUGGUAUGUGAAUAGCCUUCUUGUUCAUCAUCCACACAAACAAUUGUCAGCUGCUACUAAACAAUGA